GCGUCACGUAACUUCCGGUUCCACCUUACAAAUGGCUCCCCCGUUGUAAUGUUGUGCUAAGUUGUAUCUGAGCCGUGGGAUUUUGUUCUGUACGUGGUGGUCUUUUCCAGCAAGCAUCACAGACGGCUGCAGUUUCAUCAAUGGUGCUCAAAAGGUGACAUCUGUGCACGAUGGGGAAGCGGUACUACUGUGACUACUGUGACCGGUCCUUUCAGGACAACAUGCAUAACAGGAAAAAACAUCUAAAUGGUGUUCAGCAUCACAGAGCUAAAAAGGCCUGGUAUGACCAUUUCAGAGAUGCUGCAGCCAUUCUGUACGAUGAGCAAACAAAGAAACCCUGCAGGAAGUUUCUCCAAAAAGGCAUUUGUGACUUCCCUAACUGCAGGUUUUCUCACAUGUCUGAAGAGGAGCUGUUUCACUUAAAGAGACAGGUGGAAGAUGAAAGACGGCACAGAGAGGACUCUGAGGACAGAAUCAUGCCUGAGCCAAGUGUAGAAGAUUGGCUCACAAGAAGGGAAAAGAGGCAAUCUGCCCUCAGUAGCAAAGGAGAUCUAAAAACUAAGGAGGGCAAUGAAGAGGGUCAAGCAGAAAUUGACAUACCCCAGCAGUUCCUCUCCAUUCCUGACCUUCCACCCUCACUUCUACCUCCUCCACCGGGUGGAUGGAGAGUCAAAGUGAACACUGAAUGGGGUUGACAGACAUCCACUCUGAGGUUCACAUCACUUUGAAAUGGAUGCCACGUAUUUACAUAAUUUCCAAUUCAAAUGGGACAUUAGCAAUGGACAGAUGUCGCAAACAGACCCUCAAAAUGGACUUUUUGACAGUGUCAGAAUGACAAUGUGUUGUUAUUUGAUGUGCCAUUCAGCUGUGGCGUGUCCUUAAAGUGAGACUCCUCGAAGGAGUUACUCUGGAAGUCACGUAGUCUCAAAAGGAAUGCAUGACUGCUGAGCAGAUGGAAAUGCUUUUCUUGUAUUAUUCUGUUCCGCAUCACUGGGGGGGAUUCCUGAUCUCAUGACUCACAGUUUUACUCACCAAAUAGUAAAGUUGAGAAACUGUUUUCUGGGUUAAAUUUUAUAAUUGUAGCUUUGAUAGAAAGUUUAUUGCUGCAGUUGAUACACAUCCCUUGGAUUUAUAACUUUUUUUAAAAAAACUCUCAAGUGGCUAAGAUGUGUAUUCUUUAUAAGGCAGAAAAAUGGUGUAAUUAAACUGUCAGUUACCUGCAGUGUUUACAGCAGACUUCUUAUUAAAGUGCUGCAUGUUUCUGUCAGUUUAGUUAAAACUGAAGCAGUCAUCUGUCUACCUUGGCCCCCUUUCACCCAAGCUGUUUCCUGCUGCUGAGCACAGGCUCCAGGCUCCAAAAACUGGUGCUUUUCCGGCACCAACUCUUUACUGGGCCAAAGUUAAAAACCGAGUAUGUCACGGGCUGGGGGCGGGGUUACGGUGGCCAAUGAUCAACGGUUAAAACACAGAACUGCCAUUUUUCAACAACCGACUGAGUAGUAGUCGUAGUUGUAGUGUUUCGUGUUUGUGUUUUGAAAACCGGUAAAUAUGGAUGCCAAAUCAAAGCAGCAGUGGUCUGAGGAGGAGACCCAGUGCUUCCUGGCACUGCAAUCAUCAUAUGAAAUUCAGUUGAAGUUAGAGUGACUCUCUCGGACCAUGCCGGUGUUCAAAACAAUCCAGCGGGAGAUGGCUGCAGCCAGAUACGAGCGAAGCCUCGACCGACUCCUCAAUAAACUUAAAAAGCACCAGCACUGAACUAUCACCCAACUAGCACCAGGUUCUUUUUGGUCGAAAAGGAGUGCCUGUGAUGUUUCUGACUACUAGUAGUGUUACAGAGCAGUGUUAGCAUGAGGACAUGUUAUUAACAUUGAUUAUCUUGAUAUAAUGGUAUCUGUCAAAGUGUGGGGUACAUCAGUCUGCAAGUGAGCAUUGAGGUUUUGAAGCUGAUGUGAUGAUUAUCAUAUCAUACUGUGAGGUGUUCUUGUCAGGACCUGUCAAAGUGAUCCCAUCAAGGAAAAUCUAAACUGGGUUGGGGUUAAGAAGUUUGUACCUUUGUUUCACUGUAUUUCACAAAAAAAAUUCUAUUUUACUUCCUGUAUCUUAAUUUUAGCCUGAAAUCUUUCAACUUAAUUCCUCGUCAGCAUUUGUUUUACUGGGCUACUCUACUUUUUUAUCUGUAUGUUGACAUCAGAAAUUGCUUGCAAAGACAAAGCAAACCAUUCUUAACCGGGCUGCAUGUUUUCAUGUAUAAUUUGCAUGGGUUUUGUCAAAUCUGCUGGACCAGGUAUAUGCCGGAAAUCAUGUUGGAAGACUCCAAAAGGAAUAAGCCACAGGAACAGCGAUAAGUGUGCUUAAAUGUUUAUGCAUUAGCACACUUAUUUAUAUUAAAACAUUUUCCAGGAGGAUGUCAAAGCAACUCUCCAUGACCUGAAGCCUUGGAUAGGUUGUGUGAUCCAACAAGACGAUCAAGCCGAAGCAAGCAUGUAAAUCUGCAACAGAAUUGUUCACAAAGAAGAACAUUGAUGUUUGGAUUGUUCAUGUCAGAGUCCUGCACCCAUUUGAGAUCCUGUGCAAGAGCUGAAGAGAACUGUUCAGUCAAGACAUCCCAGAAAUACUGAUGAAGUUGAAGAGUUCUGUUCAGAAGUCUCAUCAGCAGCUACAAGAAACAUCUGAUGGAGCCUGUUGCUGCGAAAGGAGGUUUUAUAAGUUACUAUAUUCACUUACGUCAAUAAGGUCUUUAUUGUGAAUGAUUGCUCAAUGUGUUCAAUAAAGACUAAAAACUAUAA